AUGUUAACUCAUCAUAAUCAUAUAAGUGGAGUCCAUCCAUUAUAUUAUCAGCAGUCAAAUGUGUCGACUUCAACUGCCAAUUCCGCUCGAUCUCCGAUACCCGUUGCUGGAUCUGCUCAGCACUAUCAACAACAGCAACCACCACAACAGCAACGACCGCAGCAAUACUGGGUUGCUAGCAGCGCUGCAUUUCGGACUCAGCCUAUACAAAAGGUGCAAUCCACGUAUCAUAUGAUGCCACCGCAAAACCAGCAACAGCAACCACAAGAUUGCUAUUACACCCAACAACAGCAGCAGCAACAACAACAAGCCGCUUACAUACCAUACUAUGCUCAUCCAAGUAAUAAUGCAAUCAUAAUAGAUGAUUUCCAGUCAAACGAUAUACGUAGGCAGCUCUUCCCCGGACAACCACCCUCAUCAUCAACCUUAAUACCACCAUUCGUCCCAGCCUCAUCAUCCUACUCAAACCAUUCCGAUGAAAGUGUGGUGGAUGCUCUACCAUCCCGACAAUACGUCCAUCCCGUAUCUAUGCGAGGUAGACAAUUGCCUUCUCCGCCACAACACCAUCAAUCUGUUGGACGGAAUGUCGGAAAUGCUCCUAUUGUCAUACAAGAAUCACCAGCACAGCAUCAUCAACGACAGCAGCAAGGCAAGGUGACUCGUCAUGCUGCAGCUGCUGGUAUAAAUAUGGUGCCUGCUAUAUCUACUGCCGCGGUGACUGGUAAAAGAUCUAGAGGUGGUGUUGCAGCUGAGGUUAUUGAUUUGACGAUGGAUACUCCUGAACCAGUCGUCAAAAGACGACGGGUGGAUAAGCAGGCUGUUGGUGCUCCCAUCAUGCUGACUCCUGUUUCUGCCAAGGCAUCGUCCUUUAAAGACUCGGAACAGCAUCAGGACGAUGAGAAUGGAUAUCUUAUUGUGAAAAUCAAUGAUAGUAUACGUAAUGGACGAUAUAAAGUGUUAAAGGUUAGAGGACAAGGAACAUUCGGAAGGGUAGUUGAGGCAUGGGACCGAGAACGAAAAGUACAUGUGGCCAUUAAGAUCAUACGCUCUCAAGCCAAAUUCAAGAAUGCUGCUAGAGGCGAAGUCAAGAUUUUGAAACAUGUUCAGGCAAGAGAUCCUUCCAACAAGAAACAAUGCAUACAUCUACUUGAAGACUUCUUCAUUGGUGAUCAUAUGUGUAUGGUCUUCAACUUGUUGGGAGGUUCCUUGUAUGAUUGUAUGAGAGCAUCUCGAUUCUCGCCAUUUGCAACCCAUCAAAUCCGAGAAUUGGCUCGUCAGAUAUUAGAAGCCACUGCAUUUCUACAUUCAGAAAAGAUUACGCAUACAGAUUUGAAGCCUGAAAACCUCAUGUUGGAUUGUAAAGAGUUUGAGCUUCAGCCACUUUCCAAGAGGACUACGGCUACUCAAAUCGUAUUGCGAGAUACCCGCUUGACUGUCAUUGAUAUGGGCAGUGCCGUAUUUCACGACGACUAUCAUUCUUCGGUUGUAGCAACACGACACUAUCGAGCACCCGAAAUCAUUCUGGGUACUGGGUGGUCUUAUCCUUGUGACAUCUUCGCCAUUGGAUGUAUACUCGCUGAACUAUUCACAGGAUCAGUCCUCGUUCCUACCGUGGACGAAACAACACAUGAAGAGCAUCUCUUCAUGUUGGAAGCAAUAUUAGGAAAAUUCCCAACCCGGAUGGUAAACUCAUCACCCACAUUCUUCCCACGUGGUCGAGUUGAUUAUCCCAAAAACGAUACUCGACACGAAAGAUAUAUGGAUGUAAAAGCUCUUCCACGCCUAGAAAAGACAUUUAGGCCACGAGAUCAAGCUGAACGAUUACUACUUGAUUUGGUCAAGAAGAUGUUGGAUUUAGAUCCUCAAGCUCGACCCACUGCGUCGGAAGCUUUGAGACAUCCAUUCCUUGCAGAAAAGUGA